GCUCAGUUUACGUUUCGGCCGCGUCGCCUUCAGUUCUCCAGUGUUUCGUGUCCAGGCUGCACUUCAUCCGCGGAGGCGCCUGCGAUUGCAAGAGCAAACAUAGAAACAGAAGCAGAAACCAAAACCAAAAUCCAAGCCCAAACUCAUUGUCAUUCAUAGCUUAGCAUAGUUGCUGCGUGAUUGUGUGUGCGUAGAUAGCGCCAGUGAGUGUGCGUGAGUGCGUAAAACCGAAGGCGUCCGUAGUUUUUCACGGCACAGCAGCGAUUAGGACCAGCGAGAGCGGAACUUGUCAACAGGGCGCAUCGCUUGAAGCACUUCCUCCAUAGCCACCGACAACGCCACCGCUGUCAUCUCCUGUUCCUGUUCCUGGACACCCGUUAAGCGGCCAUGAAGCACUCGCCGCUGAUUGCCAGCGCUUGUCUGGCGCUGGUGUUGAUGUCAUCCAGCUUGAUUGGCAGCUCGGAGGCCAGAAACAAGAAGAAGUACGUCGGCGAGACGGGCGGCGAUUUUGAGUUUAUCGAUGAGAUAAACAAAAACACGCAGAGCAACAAGAAUCUGGGCGAGCACAAGCGCUGGAUACACGAUCCCUCGAGUGACCUUUGCCGACCGCUGAACUGCAAGAAGCGUGAAAUUUGCCUGCUGGAGGACGAGUUCAGUGCCGUGUGCGUGUCGAAGAAGGAGCUCCACAAGAAUCGUGAUGAGAUAAUCACCAAGGCCAAGUAUUUGGAGGAGGAGGCGAAGCGGCGUGUCAACCAGCAGGACAACCAGGACAGCCAGGAUGCGGAGGACAUCAACAACGACGACGAGGACAACAGCAGCGAUGGCGGCAGCAGCAAUGCCAACCCCAGCAUCACCAACAAUGCCCAGGCCAAUGUCCAGGGUAACGAGGAGACCGACGACGAAGAUAAGAGCCUGAGUCUGGGCGACGAGGACGAGUCCAAGGAGGAUGAUGUCUUCUACGAGAACAGUAUCGCCGCCGGCGAUAAGCAGCAGCCACAGCAGCAGCAACAACAGCAGCAGCAAUCCCAGCCCCCCGCAGCCCCCUCCGCCAUCCAGCAGGACGAUGAUGAGGAGUUGGACAACUGCAAGCCAUGUCCUGUGGCCAAGCCAACGUUCCUGUGCGGUGCCGACAACAGGACCUACUCAUCACUAUGCAGAUUGGAUUAUCACAAUUGCAUACAUUCGACGUCCAUACGGAUCGCCUGCAAAGGAUUCUGUCCCUGCAAGGAGAGCGUCGAUGGCAAGCGGUUGCAGCGCAUUGCCGGCUACAACAAGUACAACAAGAAGAUCAACCUGGAGCAGCAGCAGCAGCAACAACAACAGCAGCAGGCCUACAAGGACAGCAACAACAACGACAUCAUGAUGUCAAGCGGCAACAUCAUGGGCGGCAAUAACAACGAUUUUAACACGAUCAUGAAUGACAAAGAGGACAACAACCGGCACUACAACCACAUCAAUGCCCAGUACACAUUCACGCCCGAGGAGAUCAAAUAUGACAACAAGCACUACAAAUACCUCAAGUACACGGCCUACAAGAAGGUGAGUGGAGAUUCCAAAUACCAGGAGGACAAGCGCAAGAUGCGAAACUACAACGAGGUGGUGGAGAAGCAGCAGCAAAAGUUCAAUAAGAACAACAACAACUUGAACGCCUACCCCUCGAAGUCGGCGGAGUGCAAACCGCAGCAGCUGACGGCGAUCGGCAACCGGCUGCUGGACUGGUUCUCGGUGAUCAUGGCGGACAGCAAGAAGCGGCGCCAGCACAGCCAGAAGUCGAAGGCGCACUUCCCGCCCGCCUGCAAGACGGAGGCGAAGUGGAUGUUCGGCCACCUGGAUCUGAACAACGAUGGCCAGCUGUCGCUGCAGGAGAUGUACGACCUAGAGCACGACCAGAACGAGCGGUGCAUCAAGCCGUUCAUUGACACCUGCGACUUGGACACGGACAGCUCGAUCAACACAAGGGAAUGGUGUCGGUGCUUCGAGAAGACGGAUCGUCCCUGUGCCGCCGUUCGCCGGAGAAUCGCCGGCGACUUUGCAGGUGAGAUAGGCGCCUACGCACCGGACUGCGACAUCCAGGGAUUCUACAAGCCCACCCAGUGCCACAACUCGGUGGGAGUUUGCUGGUGCGUGGACAAGCACGGAGUCGAGUUCGCCAACACACGCACACGCGGCAAACCCAACUGCGAGUCCGUGGUUAAUAACGCCGCAUCGCUCACAUCCGACGACGAGGACGAGGGCGCCGACGAUGAGGACAGCGCGGAGGGCAGUGCCGAUCAAGUGCUGGUCUUCUAAGCGACCCAACAGCUCCAGCUUGGCGAACCGAUAGCCCUGGGCCCUGGCGCAUCCAAUCAGCGAGCUAGCGUUAUAACAGAAACUUAAUAUUAUUAUUACUAUUAUGAUUGCAAACAAACCAAAAGUGGAAGUAAAAGCAAACGCAGCAGCGAAAACCCAAACCCGAAAACAGAAACAUAAAUGUGCAGUAGCCAAGUAAGCGUUUUUGAAUAGAACUACGUAUAGCAAACAGCAGAAGCAGCAAACACUCACACACACACAUACACACACACCAUGCCACCAAGGAUAACUAAAAGGAGCCAGACGAACAGAAGGGGCGAAAACCAAAGAGAAACUGUAGCAUAGUUGAAGGCGCAUCGCACGCAAAUUGGCAAAUCGCUGAUGCCAACAGUAGGAACAAAAAAGAAUACCCAAAGCCACCACACACAUCCACCCAUCCGAUGCUCAAGCUACUUGUUUUUUCGUCAGUCAAUCAGCACAGCCCAGUCAGCCACGAUUUCUCCUUUGUUAUCACUGUUGUUUGCACGGAUGGGUGACUUCCGUUCAGUUAUCGCCAGUAAUCCGUCUAUUUUAGCCUUUCGCAGCAGAAUUAGACCCUAUCAUAUGUCCUCCUCUGCUUUCGCGCAAGCAAAACACGACACACGCUAAGAAUUCCGCCCAAAAAAAAUAUAUAAAAAUUUAUGUGAUAAGUUUUUGAAAUGAAUGAGAAUACGAACGAAGAAGAAGGCAACCUACCAUCGGCAGAGGCUAGCGACUCCAGGGCUUUCAUUAUCCAAGGAUCGAGGGAUCGAAGGACGAGACACAGGAACGUGCGGCCAAAGAGAGUAGUUUGAGUGGGGUUUUGGAGGCGAACUCAUAGUUGCAUAUGUACGAAACAUAAUCGCGUUCAUUUAGUGUUACUUACCAGAUAUAUAGUGAGAGAUCCGGCGCUUGCAAGGCUUUGUUAGGAGGCUAACGUCGUUUGUAUCAGCACCUGCCAGGGCGAGACUCAGCACCUGCUUUUAUGUAAACCGAUUGUCAGUAACACACCCAUACACCCCAUACACGCGCACUCCGGUGCUUUUGGGCAUCCAAAAUCGCGGAGGCGCAUUGAAAUUUCCACACACUCGUAGGACAUACGACAUUAACGUAAGGGAAGGACUCAGCAAGAGAUUCGAUAAACGGCAAUUCGCUUAUACAUGCAUAUAUAAAUAAAUAUAUAAUAUGUUUAACAUGUAAGUAUAUAAGAGGCAUAAUUAAGUGGCAGCAACAGCAGAUCGUCAGACCGAAGCUCAUCCCCAAUUUUUUUAAUUCCGCCCUUUGAUAUUUUCCAGUCGAGAGAAUUAAUGAGAAUUAAAAUCGGAAUUUUAACACAUUUAUGAGCAAAAAGGAUAAAAACUUAAGAAUGCUUGCAAAAAAAACGAAAUUAUAUAGCCAAUUGUAGUAAACAAAACCAAUGCAUAUAAAUAAACCUUUUAAUUAUAGCAAAAAUUUAUAACCAACAAAGAACAUUAAUAACAAUCAUUUGCAAACGAGCGAAGAGUGGAGAAAAAUAUCUGUUUUCGGCUGCAUUUAAAGCAAAGAUCAUGACAAAAUCGAACACAAAUUAUUUGUGGUGAACACCCUAUAACUGACUAUGUACUACGAUUACGAUUGUAUUUAUGUAUGUAUUUAUGAACUUGUGUAUUAUUAUGCAAAUUGUAUUAAUUCUAGGGAGCCAAAUGGGCAGCCACCACAGAAACCGAAAACCCAUUUAGAACACACCUUUGGCACUAAAAUUUUUAACAAAAUCUGUUUACAAAUAUAAUUUUUCUGUAUUUUCGGUUAGAUUUUUGUACCACUCAUAAAUAUUAAUUUACCAUAGAAUCAACUACAUGAUACGUACGUAAUGCAUUUGGAAAAUAUUUAAAAAAAUAACAUUUACUUUGGUUCGAUAGCACAGGUUUUUGUUUCUACCAACUACAAUUCGUUUAUAUAUGGAAUGAUGAAAUCAAUAAAUAUUAUUUAAUGCAAUUCAA